AUUGGCUCAGAGGCUUUCCGGCUUCUUCCUCUUGUAUGAGAUUAACAAAACGGAUAAAAUCAAUAGGCUACUACAAUGAGUGGAUAUUUGAAUUAGAGGGUAAAUUCUCCUCAGACAGUUUAACUGUUCGCCUUAAAGUGUUGUCUCGUGUUUCUCGUAUAUAAUUAACUAGAAACUGCCGGCCGCUACAGUAAAUUAACUAUUUUGCCUGAAACGGAUUGCAGCCAUGAUGGCGUCAAGCUACAACGCUAAGGAAGAGGACGGACACAACUUGGGCGCUUCGAACAACGGAGGCGCCGGGGUUGUGAAAAGUAAAAAGCCGGACAACACCGCGUUCAAACAGCAGCGACUGCCAGCCUGGCAGCCCAUUCUGACUGCAGGCACCGUGCUCCCUGCUUUCUUCGUAAUUGGUCUCAUCUUCAUCCCCAUCGGCAUCGGCCUGUUUGUCAGUUCAAACAACAUCAAAGAGUUUGAGAUUGAUUACACUGGUGUAGAUAUUAACAAUCCAUGCUAUAACUGUGCCAAGGACUUCAGCUGGAACAGCACAACACCAUGUGUCUGCUCAGUACCCUUCACAUUGGACCAGCCAUUUGAGAGCAAUGUCUUUAUGUACUACGGCUUAUCCAACUUCUAUCAGAACCACAGGCGCUAUGUGAAGUCCAGGGAUGACAGCCAACUGAAUGGUGACCAGUCUGCUUUAAAGAACCCCAGCAAGGAAUGCGAACCGUACCGUACAAGUGAAGGACAGCCCAUUGCUCCAUGUGGGGCCAUAGCUAACAGCCUUUUCAAUGACUCUCUGGAGCUGUAUCAUAUUGAUUCCAAUGGCACCAAAAAUGCAAUUCCUCUGGUAAAGAAGGGAAUUGCAUGGUGGACAGACAAGCAUGUGAAAUUCAGGAACCCUGGUGGAAACAACAACCUUACUGUAGCUUUCCAAGGCACAUCUAAACCGGUGAACUGGAGGAAGCCAGUGUAUGAGUUGGACCCAUCAGAUUCUGAGAACAACGGCUUUAUUAAUGAGGACUUUAUUGUGUGGAUGCGCACGGCUGCGUUGCCCACCUUUCGCAAGCUCUAUCGCAUCAUCCAGAAGAAGUCAAGCACAACCCCCACUCUUGCCAGUGGCAAAUACCUCUUGGAGAUCACUUACAAUUACCCUGUGCUCACCUUUGAUGGUCGCAAGCGGAUGAUCCUGAGCACCAUCUCCUGGAUGGGAGGGAAGAACCCCUUCCUUGGCAUUGCCUACAUCACUGUGGGCUCCAUCUGCUUCUUCCUGGGUGUAGUUCUGCUCAUCAUCCACCAUAAAUACGACACCCGAAACAACAGUCCAGAUAUUCCGAACUAAACUGUUCUUGUAACACGUUUUUCUGUCUAUACAUGCAUGGGUGACCCUAAAAGGUCCGUUCUAGACUUCUUGUAGACUAUAACGUGAAUACACUGAUCUUUGUAAUUGUGUGUUUGUGUAAGAACAGCAUUGUCCUAAGUGUCGCAUCAAAAGCUGUUUGUGUAGGUCAACUACGGCAAAAAGAAGGAUGCUCGAGUCUGUGUCUCUGCAUAAAGCUUUGUGUCAGCUACUGAGAAUGUCAUUUCAAAAAUGUAUUUAUCUUCAAUUUAUCUAUACAUUAUCAAAGUAUCUGUUUUAUUUUAGCAAUGCUUUGCGAAUGGCUUAAUUAUUGAAGGGUGUAUGUAUUUUUAUUGCAAGUUUGUGUCCAUAUUAUGUACUGUAAUAUGUCCUGCUGAUGAAUGUACCAUUAUAUUUCAUUGACAUACCUCUGUGGUUUUUUUAGAUUAACUUGAAUAUAGGCUUGGAAAAGGAUUGCUUGUGUGCCAUUGAUUAUGGUAUGCCCUAAUAUUUAACAAGAAAUAUUUUAUCCUUUAAAGUCAUUGAAUGCUCAUAACAAGCGGUACCAAAAGUGUGGUUAUUUACCCCCUGCUAUGACUGGUCGUAUAAAGAGACUGAGCCGGUCGGAAGGCAUCUUUUUAAAAUUACAUGUUGAUGCUUAAUAAUAAUGGGAACAUUAUCCUAUACCACUAUAUUCAGUAUUCAUAAUUCUAAGAAUCUGGGCAACGUCUCAGUCUGAUUAGAGCACAAUUUCUUUUUUCUUUUUACAGUUUUGAUUAUCUUGCGUUCUUCAAUGUUGACCAAAUUAUAUGCACUUUAAAAGUGUCACAUUUGUUAGUUUUCCCCUUGUAUCACUUUAUCUUAAGUUAUAUGUUAUAUAAAAAAUAUUGUGUUCUUGA